GUUCGACUGCCAAGAGGUUGUUGCUAGCAACCAGACGCCAACCUGACUGUCAAGUUGUUGUUUUCACGCUCUGCAGUCAUUGAUCCUGGGGUCUGUGCAGGUUGAUAGCUGCCAGAGACAUCGGAAGAACUGAGGCAUGGCGAUCCGAAAGGCAGUCAAAGGAACUGCUGUUGUAGCAAGUGGAGGCUUGGUAGCCUUUUAUGGCCUUACACAGCUGACCGAAUACAGAAAAAAACAGGCCCGACUUUCGCACGUGGAGGCGGUUGAACAGGUGAACAUGGCCUUCCAAGACGAGCUCCCGUCCAGGCAAGCCCAGCUAACGGCCUUACGCAACACCCAGGAGUUUGAUGUUCUCGUUGUAGGGGGAGGAGCCACGGGCUCAGGUUGUGCCUUAGACGCCGUGACACGGAAUCUUAAAACUGCCCUGGUGGAGCGAGACGAUUUCUCAUCUGGGACCAGCAGCCGGAGCACCAAGCUCAUUCACGGAGGAGUCCGAUAUCUACAGAAAGCCCUUGUGAAAUUAGAUUACGAACAGUAUAUGAUGGUGAAGGAAGCGCUGCAUGAGCGUUCCAACCUCCUGAAUAUCGCCCCUCAUCUGACUGCACUUUUACCCAUCAUGCUCCCCAUAUACAAGUGGUGGCAGCUUCCCUACUACUGGGCAGGGAUCAAGAUAUAUGACCUGGUGGCUGGAGCCCAGUGCUUGAAGAGCAGCUACAUCCUCACCAAGACCAAGGCUCUGGAGCUCUUUCCUAUGUUGAAGAGAGACAAACUGGUUGGGGCCAUUGUCUACUAUGAUGGACAACACAACGACGCUCGAAUGAACCUCGCCAUCGCCCUCACUGCUGCCAGGUAUGGGGCUGCCAUAGCCAAUUACACUGAAGUGGUGCACCUACUGAAGAGGGUAGAUCCUCAGAUGGGCAAAGAGAUUGUCUGUGGAGCGCGCUGCAGGGACGUGAUCACAGGGCAGGAAUUUGAUGUCAGAGCCAAAUGUGUUAUCAAUGCCACGGGACCUUUUACCGACGCACUGCGGAAAAUGGAUGAUCAGAAGAACCCCAACAUCUGUCAGCCCAGUGCUGGGGUGCACAUCGUCAUCCCGGGCUAUUACAGUCCAGACAACAUGGGGCUCCUGGACCCAGCCACCAGCGACGGACGCGUCAUCUUCUUCCUGCCCUGGGAGAAGAUGACCAUCGCCGGGACCACGGACACGCCCACGGAGAUCACACCGCACCCCAUCCCCAUGGAGGAGGACAUCAACUUCAUCCUCACGGAGGUCCGCAACUACCUCAGCCCCGACGUCGAAGUGAGGAGAGGAGAUGUCUUGGCAGCCUGGAGUGGUAUUCGUCCGCUGGUCACAAACCCCAACUCCAAGGACACUCAGUCAAUCUGCAGGAAUCAUAUUGUCCACAUCAGUGACAGCGGACUGGUCACCAUCGCUGGUGGGAAAUGGACAACAUAUCGCUCCAUGGCGGAGGAUACCCUGGAUGCUGCAGUCAAGGCCCAUAACCUUUCUGCAGGCCCCAGUAAGACAGUGGGCCUGAUGCUAGAGGGAGCUAAAGACUGGACUCCUACCAUGUACAUCCGCCUAGUACAGGACUAUGGCCUGGAGGUGGAGGUGGCCCAACAUCUGGCCUCUUCCUACGGAGGGAGGGCCUACGAGGUCGCCAAAAUGGCCCAUGUCACCGGCAAACGAUGGCCCAUUGUCGGCAAACGCCUCGUAUCUGAAUUCCCCUACAUUGAGAGUGAGGUCCAGUAUGCCAUUAAAGAGUAUGCGUGCACGGCCAUUGAUGUGAUCGCCAGGCGCACGCGGCUGGGCUUCCUGAACGUGCAGGCGGCCGAGGAGGCCCUUCCACGCAUCGUAGACAUCAUGGGAAAGCAGCUGACGUGGAGUGAGCAGAGGAAGAGGGAGGAGCUAUCUGCAGCCAAACAGUUCCUGUAUUAUGAGAUGGGCUACAAGGCUCGCUCAGAGCAGCUGACCGACACCUCCGAGAUCACCCUCACUCCUGCUGAGGUGGGCAGGUAUAUGAAAAGGUUCCACAAGUUUGACAAAGAAAAUAAGGGCUUCAUCACCACCGUGGAUGUUCAGCGAGUAUUAGAGAGUAUCAAUGUCUAUAUAGAUGCAGACACCCUCCAUGAAAUUCUGAAUGAAGUUGACCUCAAUAAAAAUGGACAAGUGGAAUUUAAUGAAUUCUUGCAGCUAAUGAGUGCUGUGAAGAAGGGCCAGGUGUCGGCCAACCGUCUGGCCAUACUGAUGAAGACGGCUGAACAGAGCCUGGACCAGAUAAACCCCCUCGAGCAAAGGGAACCUGUCGACCAGAGGAAGCCUGUGUCGGUGGACCGUAGUGGAGGAGGAGUGUGAGACAUAGCCCCCCUGGCCCUGGUACUUCCUCCGGACGAUCCUCGUCACACAACCCUGGGGCCGUAUGUAUUGCACCUCAAAGUAUGAGUGCCGAUUUAGGAUCAGUUUUGCGUUUUAGAUCACAGUAAAUAAGGUUAUAUGGAUGGCGGGACCUGAUCCUAGAUCAGCGCUCCUACUCAGAGAUGCUUGAUGCAUACGGCCCUGCUCCAGCCUGGUCGCCACAGAUCUAUGUGCAGUAAACAACCCUUCUGACUUGUAUGUUGCCAUGGUCAUGUCAUGUGAUAUCAUAUCAUAUCAUAGAUGUCAUGUAUGGCAUGACAACGGAAGUCACAAGGGUUGGCUAAAGCUCAUAUGGUGUUGUAUACAGACCUGGACAACCCAAAGGUACGAAGCUCAUUAUCUUAUGUCUUCCAUGGGAGCACAUGUUCUAUCACUGCAUCAACACACAUGUAGCCGAUGCCUCGCCUUGAAUCUUACAAACUUGCUUCCAUAUUUAUUGAGAUAUUUAUUGAGAUAUGAAAUGAGUAAUUAUUGGGACACUGUUGUUUAUUUCAAUGUAUUUAUUUCAAUGUAUUUAUUUAUUAUUCAUUUAUACACAUUUCAACAACAAAAAAUUCUUAGCGUAUGAUGUUACUGUUGUUUUUACCAUUGCCCAAGAGCGUACAACUGAAUGUUAAAUACAAUGCAAAGUGAUUUGCAACGUACGUUGACGACCUGAAUUGCACUCUUUAUGGUCUUUUUCAAAAGGGUUUUAUUGUGUACCGUACUCCUGUGCCAUUUUAUACAUUUUAGAUACUGACAAUCUAAAGGGAGGCAUUUUGUACAAAAAGUGUUUGCUGGAUGUUGUGAGUUUUGACCGCACUUUCAGCAAAGUUCUAUGGUCCACAUUAAGUAAUGCAAUUUAACUGUUCUAUUCAAUGCAAGGCUUAAUUGGAAAAUGAUAGCAUUUUUCACUCAUUGCCAUUUACAUCUAUAUUUUAUCCCUUUCAAAUGGACUCUAAAUGCUAGAUAUUUAUUAUAUUAAUUUAGUCGACGUCAAAUGAGAUACAAAUCAACAGUAAGCAUCUUUAAAUAUUCCACAGUAGGUGCAUGUGAUUGGUUCCUGGAAACGUUAUUGUCUUGCAUGAUUUUAUUAUGCUGAAUGGGAUUAAGUGUUGUAUUUGAUGCUGGCUUUUAAUUUCUGUGUCUGUCUGUGCACUUGGUGUUUUUAUGACUAUUAAUUUAUUACUUAUGGUUUGUCUGGUUAGCCACUUGCAUUUCUAGAGUAAUAAGGGAAUGUAUUUAAUGUGCCUUGGUAUCAGAUCCAGUGUGAAUUGAGAGCAUGAAUCAACAGAGCUGAUUAAACCAUACUCUCCCUGGCUUUUAAGCAUGCUUAAUUUCACAGUAACUAUAAAUAAAGCAAUUAUUUUCUCAUGCACACUGUUAAAGUAAAAAUGUAAUGCGUUUGCCCCUAGUACAACAAUUACGUAUGAGGGCCGUUUCAAAGAGUUACAUCUCUAACUAUCAGUUCUUAAUUAAUCCACUUUGAAAGUUGACCAGAGAGCACGAGACCAAAUCACUGAGACCAUGGUUGUUGUUGUUCUUUUAAGUUGUUUUAAUAAAACUCACAUUGUUAGCUAAUUGUUUUUAGAAUACAUUGAUGGGAAAUGUGAGGGUUAAAUGUAGGGAAUUAUAAAACAUAUUUAUGCCGGGCUUAAUCUACAGAUUGUUUCUCACCAGCCAUAGGGAAUUAUAAAACAUAUUUAUGCCGGGCUUAAUCUACAGAUUGUUUCUCACCAGCCAUAGGGGUGUUAUGCAAUUCUAACUCCUCAAAAGGACAACAACAGUGAUAUUCUCAAUACAUAGUACUUGGGAGGGCUUAUCCAUUCUUCUACUGCCAGCUCCAGCACUAGGAUACUUGAUGUAUGAAUUAGAUUUACUCUUUUAUUUGGAUGGUAGGAUGGCCAAUUGUUGUUCUUAUGUAGUUGGGUGAAGUUUUGUUUUCCUUCUGACAAAAGCAAUGGAAUGUAAAUUUAGUUCCUGCAUGAAGCAACUGCUUUCAGCAAUAAGUAUUAAUACAGUACCAGUCAAAAGUUUUAGAACACCUAGUCAUUCAAAGGUUUUUCUUUAUUUUUACUAUUUUCUACAAUCGUAGAAUAAUAGUGAAGACAUCAAAACUAGGAAAUAAUACAUAUGGAAUCAUGUAGUAACCAAAAAAAGUGUUAAAAACUUUUUCGGAAUCGGUGUCCCUUCCACGGGACGGUUGAGCUAAUGUAGGCUAAUGCGAUUAGCAUGAGGUUGUAAGUAACAAGAACAUUUCCCAGGACAUAGACAUAUCUGAUAUUGGCAGAAAGCUUACAUUCUUGUUAAUCUAAGUGCAUUGUCCAAUUUACAGUAGCUAUUACAGUGAAAGAGUACCAUGCUAUUGUUUGAGGAGAGUGCACAAUUUUGAACAUGAAAAGUUAUUAAUAAACAAAUUAUGCACAUUUCGGCAGUCUUGACACAAAAUGUUGAACAGAAAUGCAAUGGUUCAUUGGGUCAGUCUAAAACUUUGCACUUACACUGCUGCCAUCUAGUGGCCAAAAUCUAAAUUGCACCAGGGCUGAAAUAAUACAUUAUGGCCUUUCUCUUGCGUUUCAAAGAUGAUGGUACAAAAAAAAAUACAAAAUACUUUUACCAGAUCUAUUGUGUUAUAUUCUCCUACAUUCCUUUCACAUUUCCACAAACUUCUAAG